AUGCGAGGAGUGAACAGACUGCGAGCCACCGACUUGCACGCUGCUAUGCCGAGCCACCGGCAGAUCUGCAUGCUGUCGUCUGGCGGCGAGGGCAGUGGCGCCUUCUGGAGUACGGCGCCUGCCCGGCCGCCCCUGCGCACGGCCAAUGCGCAGUGGGCGAUGGCUACCCGCGCCCGGCUGGGCCUUACUGCCCCGCCCAGGCGAGGCCUGUCUUGCUCUCUGCGCAAUGCUGACGAUGACGAGCCAUGUGGAGCCCCACUUGACGAGUCUCUCCAUCAUCCCAGCCUCUGCCCAAAGGGCCGCACGGGCCGCCUCAUAGGACACAUUGCGGUCGCUGCCGCCCUCAGGAGGCAUGUGACUCGCACGGGCACUUUCGUCGAUGCCGAGCGCCACGUCCCCGAGCUAUGCAUCCAGAAGGCGAACGGCGACGUUGAGGAAAGGAUCAUGGACCUCGUCGUGGCGUGGCCCGCGUCUGGUCAGCAGUUCCUGCUCGACGUUACGGUCCGCUCCCCAUUCGCCAGCGAGCUUCGCCACCAACACCUGCAGCCUGGUGUCGCAGCGCGCAACGGCGAAAAGGAUAAGCUCGCCCACUACGGCCCCUCCGUCACGCCGUUCGCUGUUGAGCUCUUCGGCCAGUUGGGCCCCGCGGCCCUGCACGCCCUCGCCGCGAUGCACAUGGUCAGCUGCGAGUGCGGGCGGCUCCGGCCAGGCACCGGCCGGGCCUCGGCACUCAACCUGCGCGCUGUGAGGGCCGACCUGGAAGCUGCCGUGGUGCAGAGCGCGGCGCAGCAGGCGAUGGCCAGCUCGCUUCAGGCCCUCGGCUGGGCGGGCCGGCGAGCCCAGCGGGCGGCGCACGCUGGGGUUGGCGGGCAGGGCGGCGGCGCCCGCAGGUGA